AUGGCGGAGCCGCCCCCGAAGCGGCCACCGAAGCUGCUGCUGCUCCUGCUCGACGGCUGUAGACCAGAUGCGCUGCUGGCAGCAGAUGCGCCCAACGUACGUGCGCUGCUUCGGAAUGCGAAGGGUGGUGCUUCCUACCGCUGUGCCUUCUCCCUUCACUGCACGACAGAACCGGUUCCCAUCUCAGCUCCUUCCUGGGCUACGCUGCUUACGGGGCGGCAGGGCAGCGAGCACCGCGUCUCCAGCAAUGAUCUGGAUGCAUUCCUCUCCACCGAUGCCGGGGGGAAGGUCUUCGUGAAGACGGCUCCCUGCUACUGCCGGCCCCCGCAGCGUGCCUCUGCCUGCUUCGUGUCGGCCUUCAGCCAGGCCAAGCGUCGACGGAUCGGGGAGGCUGUCGAGCUCCCGCCGACACUGUUCCACCGGGUUGCGGAGAAUGGUGGCCGAUGCCUUCUGCUCAAUGUCGGCUGGGCAGGCAUCCCCAAGCUCUGCGGGGCGGACCCUGGCCGCUCGAACUUGCCGGGACGUCUGGAGGUCCGUGCCUACAAGGACGAGGCAGGCGACCUUUCAAAGGCAGUCGAUGACAUUGUGUCAAUGCUCGGGGACGUUGAUGCAGAUGUGCCCGAGGUCCUGUCGAUGUACACGCACACCGUGGACAUGGCCGGCCACAUUCACGGCUUCUCCUUGGACGUGCCCCAGUACCUGGCAGCCAUCGAGGACUUCGACGCUUGCCUAG